AUGCCUACAGUUACCGAGGGUUGCAAGAUGCCCCAACAGGGUUCCUCAGGUGCUCAAAUUAUCCACGAUAUCCGCAACGACUCUAUGACCUCUGAGUCUUCGUAUGGGUCCGCCAAUGGAGCGCCUCCUGACGAAGAUUCGUCAUCCGAUCGGGGAGGCCCUCCUGAUCCCGAUAGGUUAGACAGGUUCCACGACUUUAUAGAACUGGGGGAUGAAUACCGCAAAAGGCUGAGUGCAGCAGUUUAUCUAAGAGCCCAAGACAUCGAGGCUUCAUCAGGGGGACCCCCACUUGUAUCCAAGGGUAAAGGAGUAGAAGGACGAAAUCCCAAUCCUGGGGCAAGCAGAUUUGAGCAAGAGCUUGAACGCGGGAAGGUUGAGCUGGAGUUGCUUAACUCUGUGAACAAGUUCUUAGACCGACAUUCCGCUCCUGCUGGGUUGGAUCUUCCCAGCACCCGGGACGUCAAGCCGGAUGAAGCGAGCCGCGAUAAAGCUCAGUCUUCGCGAACAUCUCAUAUUGAUUCCGAAAGAGUGCACAGCUUGAUAUCUGGUCGCAGUCCUGCGCUGUCUCCUACAUUAACCAAAGUCACCGCCAAUGGAGUUGUUAGCACCGCAGACGCUAAGAUUUCUGGUGAUGGUCGAUCGUCCCCUGCCUUUAAAUACCUCAGUACUCUCGCUAGCACUCCUGAGAUUGACCCUCAAGGCAGCAGCGAUAUGAAUGGGGAGGAAACAGAUAGUACAUCUGAAUAUGUCCAAUUUCCCGAUCCAGAAAUAUAUACAAGCGAAAAUUCACCUACGGGUUUUGACGGAAAUGGUGAACCGCCUUCUCACAACCAUUUCUCAGUUCAGAAUGCUUCUGACUAUACCAGGGCCGGUAGAUUACUAACUCCCGAAACUUCGGAUGCAAACCAGCCAAAUAAGGGAGUGCGGCACAAUAACACAGCGUCGCUAACCACUCAUGCGCCUAUCGACCAUGAUCAGCAGUCUUUUAGCAGCGUCCCGGAGAUUAUCAUAACCCCGGCCGACGGCCCUUCACACUUUGUUCACUUCCCCUCUUUCGAGUCUCACAGUCGUGUUCCAUCUUCGGUUCAAAUCGAAGCGGUCCAGGACGACCAAGGUGGCCCUAAUCGUACUAUUCCCGACAAUUCCGAGGAUAUCUUUCCAGAAGAAAAUCCAGAUAAGCCAAAACACCGUUCCCCGUUCCAUUUUUUCACAAGAUGGCAAGCAAAGACCUCCGCCCGUAACGUUGACCUUGAGGCCCAAAUAAACAAUCAACAGGAAGAGCAGGAGCAAGAUCAAUAUCAACAAAGCGAUGUAACGACAGCAUCCCAGUGGAUAAACCGGCGACAAACUCUAGAAGAAACUCCAGAAGAGGCCGCGCUGGCUCGGGAGAUAGCUCGACGACUUACCCUAGAGUUAUACGAGCAGAAUUAUCAUGAGCAUCAACGGCAAAAGGAAUUUGAACGUCUGCGGAAGAAAUUCAGCAGUCCAGCAAAAGCCAGAGCUUAUAGAAAAUAUUUGCAUCGACAAGCGAGCCGGGCGCCACCACCGAUGCCAACCCUGGAGUCGAUCCCGGAGUUAGUCCAGGAGGCAGCCCUGCAGCCGAUCCAACAGCCGCCACAAGAGCCGCGUACGCGUUGGCAGUCUGUCAUAAAAGCAAUCAAGCGGAAUAGUAAAGAUACAUUUUGCAUGCCUCUGCCCUUCCAUCAAAGGGUCCUCUUUAUAACUGGUAUACUGGUAUUCUUUGGUGUUCUUAUUGUGCUCUGCUUCGUCCUGGCUCCUUACUGGACUGGUGAAAAGAAGUUCGGUGGGUCGGGGUAG